UGAAUAAAUGCUUCCUCGAUUGGCAACAAUAAAAAACAGAGAUAAAAAACAGGACAAGGCCAUGAUCCAAAAUCCCACCCGGUAGUCUAGAAUAUUUGAGAGUCAUCCACGUUUCCUCAGGUUUUUUUGCCUUUUUGGUUUUCCACGAGUCAACAUCAGGCUAACCUUCACCGCCCUUGCCUUGCGCGCAGUUAGAAGACGCAUCAAGAGCCUUCGGCCUACCCAAAACCGCCGCUUUUGUAAUAUCCCCAAAGUUUCCUCCUUUUACGAACUGAAAUUCAACCCCCCAAAAAAAUUCAAAACCCAAAAUCCAGCCCUGAAGUUAGCGGCAGUUUUCAUUCCUUCUUCUCCCAGUUUUUGCAUUUUACUUUGAAUUGAUUUUAAAUUUUUAGGAUGAUGUGGAAUCAGGCCUACCGGAAGAAUGAUGCGGAGGCGGGCGCCAGGCCUUUGUAUCCCACGAUGCUAGAACCGCCGGAGAUUAGGUGGGCUUUUAUCCGGAAAGUUUAUUCAAUCGUUGCCAUUCAAUUGUUGGCUACAAUCGCGGUGGCCGCCACAGUGGUUACGGUUCGUCCGAUCGCUCAUUUCUUCGUCAGCAGUGGGGCCGGCCUGGCUCUUUACAUAGUCCUAAUUGUCACGCCUUUCAUUACUCUUUGUCCAUUGUAUUACUAUCACCAGAGGCAUCCGGUUAACUAUCUUCUUCUUGGAGUUUUUACUGUUUCUCUGGCGUUUGCAGUUGGAUUGACGUGCGCUUUUACCAGUGGGAAAGUUAUUUUGGAGUCCGUAAUUCUAACGGCUGUGGUGGUUGUGGCUCUCACCCUCUACACCUUCUGGGCUGCAAGGAGAGGGCAUGAUUUCAACUUCCUUGGCCCUUUCUUGUUUGGUGCUGUCCUUGUUCUAAUGGUCUUCGCUCUGAUUCAGAUUCUCUUCCCGCUGGGUAGAUUAUCAGUGAUGAUCUAUGGGUGCUUGGCCUCUAUCAUAUUCUGCGGUUAUAUCAUAUAUGACACAGACAACUUGAUCAAGCGUUACACUUAUGAUGAAUACAUUUGGGCUGCUGUAGCUCUGUAUUUGGAUAUAAUCAAUCUCUUCCUUUCACUGCUUACUAUUUUUAGAGCUGCAGAUAGUUAAAGGAUAUCAGAGUGGCUACAAGAAAUUCUUCUUGAUCACCUAAACCUUGAUGUCAUCUUCUUUUUCCCUUUAUUUGCUUUUUUUUUUGUAGAUGUAAAUGUCAAUGAUGUAGAAACGGCCAAAAUCUGUGCUGUCAUACUGAAGUCAUAUCACAGGUGAUUGAAUGCUAGAAUUUGUUUUCCCUGCAUAUUUCAUUGUGCAUGUUAUCUCACAUUUGGAAAGAGUGGCGAUGGAGAGGAAGUCGUGCUCCGACUUUUAUGUUCCUUGCUCUGUGUAAAUCUAGGUUGAUCUGCCAGCAUUUGGGUGUUCACACGAUGGUAGGCAGGCAUAUCAAAUGCAAAUCACAU